UCGUUAGUGAUUUUAAGGCGAUUGGGAAGAAAAGUUGUUAUUGAAAUUAAUGCCAAAAAUGUACAAAGUAAUUGCAGUAUUCUUGUUAAUUGUGGCCCUGGCAAGGGGUCAGGAACAGAAUGUAACCACCUUAAGAUAUAAUUAUCACAGCAGCUCUGUAGCACGCACCGAUGAUUAUAUUAAUCUGAACCGUCAACAGUAUGCGAAAACUUUACAGGAUUAUGAAAAUCAAAUGGACAAAUAUAGACAACUUUAUGCUGGACGUGUUGAAAUAAUUAAUAUAAACCUAGAUAUGCUGAUUGAUGGUCUGAUCCAAAGCGAAGAACAUUUAAAUCCUAUGGAAGUUUUAAGUGAUUUUAGCAAGGAGUGUGUCACCAAAUAUCGUUCUUCAAUACCUACAGUAACUUAUACUAAAACCUCUAUCACUAGUUGUGCAACUACAGCCAAUAACCAGGUGAAUAAUUUGUUAAGCAGUCCUCUAAGCACCAAAAAUUCUUUACAAAACUAUUACACCAAUUACUUCGAAAAGGAGGUCACCAACUGUGGCAAGAAAUUCGACAAUUCCACAGCAAAUUACACCAUAUGUGUUACUAGUGUGACCUCUACUACAAAUACUUAUACUAUUAGCAAUCAAAAGACUUUUGCCACUCAAAUGGAUGCAGCCUAUUGCUCGUCCAAUGCCAACGUUAAGAGAGCUUUGGAUUGCAGUUUUAUUGUUCAGAAUCGUACAAUUUCCCUUAUAGCAGAAGCCAAUGCAUUGAUAAAUAAAUGUCUGUUGGGUGGGGAUGAUUGCAAGCCAUGCAAUGAUGGUUUUACUUGUCCAGAUGUCUAUAAUAUUCCAUACUACGAAAUUGAUUACAGAAAUGCAACAAUGAGAAAUCCCUUCUUUGGACGUGAAUUUCUGAAAGAUUGCUUAAUGUUGACUACAAAGUAUACCCACUAGUCCAACUCUCAAUUUUUUCAAAUUACUCUCUCACAUAUACUGGUACCGUGUGACCUCAGAGAAAUGUAAACAAAUGAAAUGUCUUGAAAUUUUAACUUUUAAUUUUUGAUAAAAUAAAGUUUUUUUACACAUUAUUAAUUUAACACAUACAA